UGUGAUCUCACAAUCGCUCGAACUUAAAAUGACAAGAUUGACAUGAUUACUUUACAGUGGCUGAGUGCCACAAAAAAAGUUAUGAAUUGUGUUCUUGACAAUGAAUGGAUAUCCUUUUAACAAAUUAUCUUUAGGCGUGUUUUUAAUUUGAUGGCGUAUUAUAAAAAAUUAACAACUAUUUUAGAAAAUUUGAAUUAUUGGUUAUUCAGUGAAUUUUGCAUUUUUAAAGUGAGUUUUUGACGUUCAAUAUUAUUUAAUGUCGCUUGCAUUACUUGCUAAUAAUAUGGACAAACAAAGAGGAUCCUACGAGAAAUUGUCUAUUAGAGACAGUGCAAGAUCUUUAAAAAAAUAUGGAAGCACCAGUUCCAAAAUGAUUACAAGAAAUGAGAAGUUUGUUAAACAUUUUGUUAGCAAUAGUGAUACAUUGCAGGGAAUAGCACUUAAGUAUAAUGUUACGAUAGAGCAAAUUCGUAGGGCCAACAAGUUAUGGGCUUCUGACAGUUUAUUUCUUAGAGAGUUUCUUCUCAUUCCAAUUAUGGAAAACGCUAAUAUAGACUCAGAUAGAUUGGUUAUUCUUACCGAAUCUCAGUCCUCAGCUUUUUUAAGUAGUUCAUCGGUAGAAAGCCAAUGCAAGAAUUUGGCAUGUAGCUCACAGCAUAGCGCUCAAAGUAGUUUUGAUGAAGAUAAUAUCAGUGACUUCUUGAGUAAAAUUGAUGCUUCGAUUGCUAGUACUAAAGAGGUAGUAAAGAAGGUUACAACAAAAAGCAUAUAUGGUUUGGACAAUGAGGUUACAGAGCGUCGUAAACCUGUUGUAUCGCGCAUGAAACAAACAUUGAACAACAAUACAUCUAAUGAAUUUCAUAAUCCUCUGCAUGAAUUUCACACUUCCGAUGAUGUCCAUUCUGUACAGAUGACACCCUGUACCACCAUAAAACAGCAAGGUAAAAAGAUUAGGACAUCACUUGAAUUACACGAAGCUCAGCAAGAUGAGCUGUUUGAAUUGUAGCAUAACAAGUUACUAAUUUGGUGGGAAGUGUGUGUUUGAUAUGAAAAUUUUGUUUUAAUUGAAAGGACCUUCAAAGUACAAUGGUUUUCACGCUAAGUUAAAAAUAAUUAUCAUUAGAAUGGCGCACUUAUCAGAUAUUGUAUUUUACACAAUAACUGCGAAAGUCUGCAUCACAUAUGACUGUUUUCUUUUAAUGUUCACUAAUCAUUUAAUAAAAAAAGAAGUUGCUCUUGUUUUAUACCUGUUUGCCAAUUUUAUUGCAUUCGGAAACAGUUUAAUCACCAGUGAUUAACACUAUAGUUCAACUGAUAUUAUAAUCACUCUGCAAGAAAGUAUAACUUUGUUAAAGAAAAAAAGCUAUUGAAAAAAAUAUUGUUGAUAAAAAUAAUCAUAAAAAGGAUUUAGGAUAAUAUAUGGUACUAGAUUGUGUGCAACAUCAGUGACAAGGAUUCAGUAUUAAGUAUGUAUAAAUUUAUGACAAUUGAAUAAAUACAUAAAUUUAUUUCCAUUUAGCAUCAUAAUACUCCCUUGGGUAAUAUUUUUUUAAAAGAAAUAUUAAAUGAAUGGUACAGGUGAAUUUUUUCUUAUAAUAAUAAUUGAAUCCAUAAAAUGUGCUUCCUGAAUUUGUAUGUGUUUUUUUGUUUAAUUAUGGUAUCUUGAUGGCAGUCAAUAGGAUCCUAUGCUGGGAACUAAUCUCUUAAUAGAUUUAAGUGUUAAAAACCAGUCAGUAAAAAUGCACAUGAUCUAUGGCCUUCAUCUUGCCUAUUAAGAGUAUUGGCUUAAGUAUUUAACACUCUUUUUGGGCAAAUACUUUAUUUUCUUUGUCAUAUAGUUAAUUCAUUGGAUACACUUUAUUUAUUUUGCAAGUGUGUAUUUUUCGAUAACAUCAGGGAUCCAAAGUAAAUGUUUUUAUUACAUGUGUUUAAGUGUGACUCUGCUAAAUGUACCUAAAUAAUUUGCGGUUAUGUAGAUCUGUAUAGUUAUUAAAAGAAACUGUGUGUAAUAUGGACAGUAAAUCAUAAGAAAAUGUUAAGAGUUUGUCAUUAAUUAAAGCUUGCUGGAAUCCAGUAUUUUACUGUUUUUUGUGGUUUU